UACCUUAAGCUAAAUAUUACAUGCCUGCUGUACCAAAUUACUCAACAUUUCCCCCUCCAUUUCCCGGCAGUAACUCGUGCAUCGCAAAUGAAUAGAAUGUGAGUAAUUUCCAGCUAAAAAACUGUGAUUAAGUACAUUUUAUUAAUACUAAAAAAGUAAACCAGUACAAAUAAUUAAAUAAAGCAUGAAGAGAGGUUAUGCAGUUACGAAUAAACACAUUGUGAGAUUCGAAUGGAAAAUAAAAAAUAUCAAUUCACAUGUGAAAUUCGAGACUGAUGAUGAAAGCAAGGAUAUAAAAUUACAUUCAUCGUCAUUUUCGGCGAAAGCUAAUGGAGAUUUGUGGAAGCUGCAUGUCCAAUUUAAUAACGCUCACCAGUCUGUUAAUAAAGACUACAUGUCACUGUGCCUGCAAUCUUUGAAAAACAGCCUAAAAGUAAAAACUAAAUUUACGUUGUACAUUUUAAAUCACAAGAAAGAAAUGACAAAUGAGAACGUUUUGUACAUGAAAUUUGAAAACGACGAAGUCGCUUAUGGAUUACCAGAGUUUGUCCGGAAGAAAGAUUUGUUGGAUCCGAAAAAAAAGCUAGUAUCUCAUGAUAGUUUAACAGUUGGUGUUGAAUUGGUCGUUUAUGAUAACAUUGAUAACAAAAGCAGUGAUACAACUAAUGCGUUGAUGAUAAGACCAAGCAACCAGCUAGUCCAGGAUUAUAAGCAACUUUUAGAUAGCAAAGCUGGAAGUGACGUUACUCUAAUAGCGGGUGACCGUAAAUUUAAAGCUCACAAAUCUAUCUUGAUAGCCAGAAGUCCUGCUUUCUCGAAAAUGUUUUCUGAAAAUCAGUUCCAGGUCCUGAAAGUUCCAAUAAUGAUACAUGAAAUUGAACCUGAAAUCUUCGAGAAAGUCCUGGAGUCAAUUUAUACUGACGAAGUUUCUGACUUGGAAGAACACGCCGAAGAUUUACUCGAAGCUGCUGAUAAAUUGCAACUGCAAUCGCUCAAGCAAAUGUGCGAGCAGUCGCUCUCCAAGACUUUGAGUGUUGAUAACGCAAUUGUAGCGCUGUCUUUAGCUGUUCAGUAUAACGCUAAAGAGUUGGUUGAUUAUGUAGCGGAUUUUAUUGUUAGCAAUGCUGAACAAGUUGUCACCACGCCCGAGUAUAGUAUGAUGGAAGAAAUACAACCUGAACUAAUGUCUAUUUUGUUCAAAAAAUUCGUUGAUCUGAAAAAAUCUUUUUUUUAAACAACUUUGAUAUGAUUACGAGGAUAUCUGUGAGUAGGGAAGGAGCAAGAGUUGCAAUGUUUAGUUAUUAUUUAUCAUUAUCGACGUUUUCUAAAGUUUUUUUUAUAAGAACAU